AUGACGAUCAUGAACACUAUUGAUAAAAUCUUCUCAAUAGCUUAUCAAUUCUUUGAUCAAUAUCGUAUGAGUAUUUCAAUUCUAUCUGGACUAGUAAUUAUCUCAUGGAUUUAUAAUAAAUUUCGAGUUAAUCGACCAUUCUUUUCAAGUAAAUGCUCGAUAAAUGGUAAAACUGUUCUUAUUACUGGUGGUGUUAGUGGUAUUGGCUAUGAAACACCUAAAGAUCUGCUUCAACGAGGUGCACGUGUGAUACUUACUGAUUACAAUAUAGAAAAAGGUAAUCAAGCAAUGAAACAACUUAGUUUUGAAACUGGAUGUUAUGUGAAAAAUAUUCGAUUAAUGGAAUGUGAUUUACGUUCUUUUGAAUCUGUUCGAAAGUUUGCUCAAUUUUAUAUUGAAGAAGAAAAACGACUUGAUGUUCUAAUUUGUAAUGCUGCUGUUCGAUCAAUUGAUUGGUCAGAUGGAUUUACACAAUUUAAGAAUUUUCGUUUAUGGGGUGCUUAUCCAGUAUCAAAAGCAUUUAUGCUAUUAUUUACCUAUAAACUCAGAUAUGAUCUAGAUUCGAAUGAUGUUGUUGUUUUAGCAGUCAAUUCUAGUUGGGUAUGGACAUCAAUUCAAUCACCAAUGCAAGACGCCAUUGGAUUUAUUCCAUUUAUGAUUUGUUAUCCGAUAUUGUAUAUACUUAAAUUUAUCUUAGCUAAAACACCGAAGACAGGCACACGAACAAGUAUUUUUUGUGCUGUUGAACCAUCUUUACGACAUUCUCGUGACUUCUAUUUUGAAGAUUGUGCUAUUGAAACAGUUUCAUCUCUAUGUACAAAUCAUACAUUGGCUAAUCAUUUGUGGAAAUUAAGUUGCGAAGCAGUUGGAAUAUAA